AUGGCUCAUAAUACUGCAUGCAGUUCGGUCGCAAUCGGUCGUCCUGAUCGACAAGAAGAUUUCAGACAUGAACUUCCAACUGUGAGCAUUGCUGGCGAGUAUUACUUCUUCAGUGGCCCUAUCAGGAGCUAUGGAUAUGUCCACGAGAUGGCCUCAAAGGCUGCCAACAUGGAUUUUUACCAUGAGUAUGGUGGGAAAAGCUCCGAGUACAUCAUCCUCGGUCCUAACAAACGCUUUUUUCGAUGUACUCGCAGUUGGACCGGACGAAUUGCCGCCCGAAACAGUAGCGACUUUGAAGACUACGAAGAAGUCUGCGAUCUCUUCACCGAACAUGAUGUUGAGCGCCCGCCCUUUCUGUACUUCGGUCCUAACAAGACCUUCUACACUCGCGUCGAAGAUGGCACCGAGAAAUGGAAUUUGUCUCCCGAGGUCAUCCGCAAUGGCCUUCAGAUCACUUCUCACGCAACCAGAUCUGCCGUCGAGAGCCUCUGGCUUGGUGUUGGUAACUCUUGGGUUGCGCAGUACCGAGACAGCCGCUUUAGAUUUGACCUCAAAGGGCAGUAUCCGAGUCUACAGGACACCCUACGCAAGAAGCAGGAUGAAGAGGUCUGUAUCGCUGCACUGGCUUUGAACGUCGCGGACGGGAACUCUUAUGCUUGUGUCUUCAACGACGGCACUAUGGUGUAUGAGAAUGGACCAGCUGCGUUUGAUGGCAAGGAGUUCGAGCGCUGGUGUGAACAGAACUUCAAUUUCACUCAGAGGGUGUAUUACUUGCCAUGA